CUCACUUGCCGCUGCAAGUUUUGUCUAUAAAUAGAGAGCGCCAAGCUACAUUAAGUUCACCCCAAAAUCAAUCAGCUGUUCUUACAUUACACUUCACAGAUACAAACUGUAAGCAAUCAACUGAGAAAUGGCGUACUCAAAGACUAUUCUGCUUCUUGUCUUUGCCGUUCUCCUCAUCACUGCUGAGGUCUCGGCUCAUCGUGAUCUGUCUGAGACAACAGCUGCAACUACUGAUGGCAGAGGAGGAUACAACAGAGGAGGCAAUGGAGGAAACGGGGGCGGCAAGGGAGGAAACGGAGGGGGAAGCAAUGGAGGAAACGGAGGAGGCAGGGGAGGAAACGGAGGGUACGAAGGAGGAAACGGAGGAGGCAGGGGAGGAAACGGAGGAGGCAGGGGAGGCAAUGGAGGAGGCAAGGGAGGAAAUGGAGGAAAGGGAGGAAAGGGAGGACGUGGAGGGCAUGGACCCGAAACCAAGAACUAGAUGAUAUGAUCGUGCUGCUGUAAGAGUAUUAGUAUGGAAGCUUUUGCUGAUCAAUAAAUUUGUAUUAUUGGUUGAGUGGUCUAGGAAACCCUCAAUCAUAUCUAUGUAAUUCGAUCCUUGGAUCUCUAGCUUGUUUUGUUCUACGUACUAUCUAUAAUCCACUUACUUUGCUGAGUUUAUGGUGUCAGUUAUAUUUAAUUAUUUGCAAUUCAAUGG